AACAGGGAAAUGGACCAGCCCCGACAGAAUGGACAGGAAGACCAUCCUUUGGGAGGAGAUGAUGGCUACCAGCCUGCAGUGAACAACCACAACCACAACCACAACCAAAGUAGACAGGCUCGCCGCCUUCCCCCUUUCUUUCAUUAUGCCAUACUCAUUAGGCAGAUUAAUGAUGGACUGGAUGGAGAGGGAGAUGCUAUGGAAAUGUUCAUGGAGGAGAUGAGAAAAAUCAGGAGAAAAUUUAGGGAGCUACAGCUGAGAAGUUGUCUCUGUAUUCUUAUAGGGGAGCUCUCUAAUCAUCACGAUCAUCAUGAUGAAUUCUGCCUGACCUGGGCCAUUUUCCACACGAUUCAUACUGUCCUUUCCGCAGUAUUCCUUUUCCUUGCAUUUUCCUAA